AAAAAAAAUUCCGCACAUAAUGGCUGAUAUGAAUAUUUAUUCACUUUUUCUUUCUUCUAUUCAGUCAACUUCACAAGUUGUUCUACUGUGUCUUACCGGAUAUGUAGCAGCAUCACUUGGAGUAAUAAAUAAUUCGAUACAGAAGAGUCUUUCUCAAUUGAUAAUAAAGAUUUUCAUGCCAUGUCUAUUACUUUCAAAUAUUGCAGCAGAUAUUGACUUGGAUACUUUAAUACGAUUAUGGCCAAUGCCUACUUUAUACAUUUUAUUUUUUAUAUUGAGUGGAGCUCUUGGAUUAAUCGGCGGAAAAUUAUUAAAACUUGAUGUCUCAUCAACAAAAUUUAUGAUGACUGGUAUAAUGUUCAAUAAUGUAACAAGUCUUACAUUAGGUCUAUUGGAAGGUAUUGAAAGUACAGAUGCUAUUAAUAUUUUACUUCGUGAUAAACUUGAUAGUCCAAAAGAAGCUGUAAAACGUGGAAUGUCCUAUAUAUUAUUGGCCACCCUCUUUGGUAAUUUGUCUAGAUGGAGCGUAGGAACAUACUUAUUAAAGAAAGAAAGUAGUCAGGAUGAAAUUGUUAUAACAGAACGUCAACAAUUACCAGUUUUCAACGAUGAUAAUGAACAACAAAGACAAACUCACUCAUUGGUAUCCGAACGCACCCCCUUGAUUUUCAAAUCUAUUAAAUCUAUUGAAAAAAAGGGUGUCAAUAUAGGAGUUCGGAUUAUGAACUUUUUAAGGAGAAUACUCAAACCAAUUGGGGAAAUCAUGAAUCCUCCAUUAUACGCGGCACUUUUCGCAUUAAUAAUCGGAACAAUUCCAUUUUUAAAAGGAACUUUCUUCGGAGUGGAUGCUCCGUUGUAUUUUCUUACGCGUACUGCGGAACAAUUAGGAACAAUAUCGGUACCAUUAACCUUGUUAACACUUGGAGCUCAAGUAAAGACACUUCCAAGUGAAAAUGGAAAAGAAUUGGUUCCUCAAAUAUUAUAUGUAACGUUGAGUCGCUUUGUUAUAAUGCCUAUAAUUGGAACUAUCAUAGUAGUAUACACAAAAGAUUAUUUCUUAGUUGAUCCAAUGUUUUGGUUUAUAUUAAUGUCAAUGUCGAGUGGACCUCCUGCUGUUAAUUGUAUGAAUUUGGCACAAAUAACAGGAAAUUUCCAAGGGGAAAUGGCUACUUUAUUAUUUUACACAUAUGCUGCUGUUGGACCUUUAAUGGCUAUACUUGUUAUGGCUAUGUUACGUGUUAUAGCCGAAAAUAAAUAGAUAAAAAAAAUUUGUAAAAUUUUACAUAAUAUUAAUUAUCAUACGUUAAAUUAUCAUACGUUAAUUAUCAUACAUAUUAUACAUAUCAUUUCUUUAUAAAAAGAACACUACAGUCAAUAGAAU